GCCACGACAACAGCGCUGGGUUCUGUACAGGGCGCUCCCCCAAUGGGCGGGGCGAGGGGCGUGAAGCUCGGCUGACGCCAAGCGGGUGAGCUCGGGUGUGUGGAGUUCAUUGGUAUCGGUGCGUGCAACUCCUAAGUAUUGAAAUAGAAGACUCGGCGGUAGUUCCCAGGCGCGAGAAUGGCAGCGGCUUCGGCGGUGUCGCAGAGCCGCAGCACUUAUUUCCGACGCUCUAGCUCUUUCUGGAUGGUGCUGAUAGCGGCCGGCAUGGGCUUGUACACUUGGGCAGUCAUUUCACCUUCAUCAUUCCCCUAUGACCUCCUGGGACCAGUAGGCACCGCCACUAAAUAUGUGGUGGAGAAUCAUAACGCUUAUUUUCGAGGAGGGUACUGGUUGGCUUGGCUAAUUCAUCUAGGUGAAGCACUUUACGCUCUCAAGCUCUGCAAGGCCAAAGGCAUCACAGACAGUUCAACUGUGCUUCAGUGGUUUGUUCAAACAUUUCUCUUUGGAAUAGCUUCGCUUUCCUUAUUGUUGACCUACAAUCCACAGAAGAAACGUUAAUAAAGGAAUCAACCAGAAGAAAAAGUGCAGACCUAGUUCAGCCAUUUGGUUUAGUUUCCAGCCUGAGAAUGGAGGUGUCUGUGAAUGUUUUUCAGUUUCAAAUGGUAUAACAUCCAUUCUUACUUGGACAGAGAUUAUCUUAAUUAUGGUUGAAGUGAGCAGACUAGCUUAUGAAAUUAAUCUUGGAAGUUGAUAAUGGGAGCAGCAGCCCGACUAACUUAGUUGUCCCAUUGAAACUAAUGGUACUUAAUUUAGUCAUGUUUAACGUUUCUUUGGUUUCAGUGGUUCUUAGUCGUCACUGACUAGUCUGGAUAUUCUACCCAGGGAAAAGCACCUGGUCAGGAAUAUAAAUCCACGUUUUCCAUACUUGAGACCAAAUGCUAUCUGAAUAGUUGAGACCAGAUUGCUGCAUAAGGCCUGUUAAAACAGCAACGAACUUAAAAUGGGCCUCAUUAACAGAAUGAAUAAUAUGUAGCUACGUUUAGCAUUUAAGAACAGCCGCAUUCCCAAGCUGAGCUGUGUAGAAUGAAAAUGUAGGGAAGUGACACAGCUCCUGGGCACCCACUCUGGAGCAUAGCAUCUACAGUGUAAGUAGAUGCAAGCUUUGCAUUCUGUGUCUUAAAAUCUCUGGGGGUAGUGGGGGUACUCUCUCAAAACAGUUUCAGGGAACAUGUAUUGCUAUGGAUUUGGAGGCACCCAUUUUCCUUUUAUAAAGUUUCAGUUGGGCUUGCAGUCCCCAGUGGUAUAUUAAUAAAGCAGCCUAUGGUGAAGUUUAGAAGCAGCAAGUUUGCUGGCCCUGGAGGAAAUAGAGUGCCAGGAAAGCGUCUUUCCCCUUCCCCAUUACUACUAUUCCACAUGCACACUUUGCUCUUCUUGUACAGCAAACCCCGAUCUUCAUGGCUUGCCAGCCAUUUCCUUGUUGUUUGCCUCCAAAUCCCUGGAAAAUCAGGACUUUUAUUUGGGAGAAGGAUAGAAUAAUUGUAUCUUUUCCAAGCUUCUCACUCUCGCACAUCAGAUUAGCUUCAUGUAGGUGGUGAUUAAUUUGUGUCUAAGGGUGUGUGUGUAUAGGUGUCAGGUUGCGUAACAAGUAUGUGUAAGAGGAACUGCCUCCUGUAUAUACAUCGUAUGAUGACAGCAGUUGCCAGUAGGAUGGACAGCUUUUAGUAGAUUACUUCCACGCUGGCCAGCUUCCUAACAGCAGCAGACCUGCACCUCACAGGAGUAUACUUGUGGUCUGAAACCACAUGGGUACCUUGGCCAUGUGACAGCCACCAUCCAUGACUGUUUGCUAUGCAAUGCCAUCAGCUUGGUUUUGAAAAAAGAUGAGGUGUGCAGGUUUUCCCUGCCAAUACACGGCACUGUGUGGUAUGGGGAAGAGUUUCACCAGACUCGGAAGCUCUGGAAAUGCCUUCCACUAGAGCAGGGGAAUGGUGAGGAUUGUAAAGGAGGAGGAGGGAUCUAGCAUGGAGGUUGGGUAACUUCCUGUACUUUCCAGCCACUUUGCCCUUGUGUGUGGCACUGUUGACCAUGCUGUUGCAGGGUGCAGGGCCUGUGGAUUGACACUGGAGCUUUUGUGCAAGCUUGGGGCAGAUGCACACAUUCUAGUGCUAUGCACAAGUUAGAAGAUGUCCAGAUGCACUCUGCCACAUUGUACUAUAGUGCUUUGUCUUUUGGGUGGUUAAAUUUUCAUUGAAUUAUGUAAUAAAAUAUGCCCUGUUUCUGAAGUGCAGUCUGCAUAACAUUAUAAAGCCAUUUGGACUUAUUUCUGGGCAUCUCUUAACACUGAAUAUACCUCUAUAUUUUAAAUCAUUUUAACUUCUCAGGGCAAAGCAUGUUAUAUUGUGCAUUCAGAUCCAUCUCUUUAUCCUUACUUUAAUAUUUCUGUGUUUGUUUAAUACAUUGUUUGUAUGUUGUCUGGAUAUUUAAAGAUAACUUUUGCUCUUCUCUGUCUUGAAAAGCAACAUGGACAGCUUUUGAAGGUGGUAUAUCGUGGGGUUAUUAAAAUAUGGUGACUAGC